CCGAGCCAUGCCGUCUGCAUUUACGAGCACAAUAAAUAAUAAAUACAGAGGAAGAGUGAGUCAAGAGGAAGUCAUUCAUAGUCGCAGUAAUUGCUUGGGGGAGAUGAAGUGAAUCUCCAUAAAGUGGUCUUCGGAAGUUGCUGGAAGGCUUGGGAUUGGACAAUUUCUCUCGACUUUAAGAGCUUCUGAUUGGACAGCUUAGGUGUGCAUAAUGUGACACCGUUAAAUUUAAAUAGACCAUAGCUUAGUAAUUGAUGUCGCUUCUUAUUCUCGCGACGGAGAUGCAACAACAACUACGGUGUAUAACAACAUCAAUCAGGACGAAGAAGAAGAACCACGUCCUCUUAAAUAUAUAAUUCUUGAUGAAGCAUUGAAGCACGUCCCAUACAACUACCUAGUGCCUACCCUUACUAAACCAACCAAACACUUACAGGCUAAGUAAAGCAACGGAGAGUUCAAUGGCGUCAUAGGUGGUUUAGAAGCACUACUUAACACUUCCUCAACCCCCGUUCUUCUUCCUCGCUUGUCCUGUCGUUGUUACCGUCUUUGAGAGAACAAAAAAUUCCUGUCCGUUGCAAAUUGCCCUGGCUAACUAGUUAGUUACAGUGCCAGCCCACUGCAAGCGAGCCGGAGCAUCGUCACUGUCAAUCAGCACAGCAUCUAAAAAUAGCAAGGACAAUGAAUCAUGGAGGAGAGCAGGAAGAAACGGGCGAGGUGGCUCUGGCCGCUCUUUCCUUGGAUACAAGUGAAUCUAGAUACCUUGGGUUAGACGACGCGAGAAUAGUUUGUGGUCGAGAGUAUGAUCGCUUUCUAGCCGGACACAAGGACAACCCUUACGCCAUUUUCACACACGUAUCAGAGUCCGACUUCGACAAGCUUGACAGUGCAGGAUUUGGAAGAUUUGAUUAUAACACACUCACUCAAAAACUAGCCAUAACCAUGCCCACUGCUCCCCACGAAGAGGCCGGCACCCGGUUUAGCGGCCUAGUUAUCUUGAAGGCCCAGGAGAUGGGGGUCUGGCGCUUACUAUCAUCAAGAGGAACCACCACCAUAGAAACGCGAAAUAGAAGAAAAGAGCCAGACGGCUCGUGGGGUCCGCGCCAACGAUAUUCGGAAACCGAUAUAAAAUGGCCAACUGUUGUUCUUGAAGUUGCAUUUUCAGAGUCAAGGGAAAAAGUCAAGGACGACGCGUGGUGGUGGCUGUACCAAUCUAAUAGGGCUGUGCUGAAAGUGAUUACAAUUGACAUUAAAAGGGUAUCUGGCAAUGUCUAUGUCACCUUGUGGGAGCGUGGUGCUGCGCCGAGCAGGCAGAAUCCCCGGCCAGAGGCCAGGGCCCUUAGCACCUUGAACAUUUUCAGAGGCCAACAUGGGAAUCCCGCUCGACUGGAGGGGAUGGAUAUAGCCCUCCCGUUCAAGGAUAUGCUACUUCGAGACCCUGACCCCAGCUAUGGGGAAGGCGACUUUAUUUUCUCCCCAGCAGAGCUCCUGGAAAUUGCAGAGAAUGUUUGGGCCGACAUGGGGCUAGCUUCAUGAUUCCUUAAGCUAAGUUAGAAUACUUGUCGUUUGCCCUCUUGCUAACCAAGUAGUUAACUAGUUACUGGUGUCGUACCUUUAGAUGUCACCCUUGACUCUAUCACCCUAAUAUAAUAUAAAUAUCAUUCACGGCUAAUUACCUCGCUUGUGAGAUAAUGUCAAAACGGAAGCAGCAGCAACGAAUAUAAUUGGUUAAAUCAAUAAUGAGAACGAAUAUAUAAAUGUAUCUAUUAUUUGA